GAGUCUACCCCACACAGCCGACCCUACCAGGCCGCGACCAUGACCAAGAAAAUCAAAAUACGCUGCGGGGCCUCGUUAAUUCACAACAACUGGGUUGUCACUGCCGCACACUGCGCCCCUGAUGACACCAGUGUUGUCGCACGCGUUGGUCUCGGGUAUCACGAGAGAGAUCAACACGAUGGACCAAACCAGCAGGUUAUUACAGGCAAAUGGAUCCUUCAUCCUGAUUUCGGUACUGGCGGGCAUAAUUUGAAUAACGACAUAGCCCUAAUCCAGCUAGACACUCCCGCCGUCUACAACUCCGAUGUUCAACCCAUCAGCAUUAGCUUUAGCCCCCCUAAGGAAGGUCUUGAGAUGCUCGUUAGCGGUUGGGGAAGACUAGAAAAAGCAAGCGUAAUGGAAUCUCCUAUUGCAUUGAAUGAGGUUAUCGUGUACGCAAAUAGUCUUCAAGAGUGUACAAACGCCUUCAAACAACUAACACCUAACAUGUUCUGUGCUGGUGUUAGCAGUGGAGGGAAAGGUUCCUGUCAAGGUGACAGCGGUGGUCCAAUUGUCAGUAACUUCGCCAAGUCCUCUCAUGUGUCUGAAGUACGCCUUAGAGGUAUCGUCAGCUGGGGUAUCGGUUGCGCCUUGGCAAAGUAUCCCGGCGUAUACACAAAGAUAUCCAACUACUGUACCUGGAUAAAUGAAAAGACCAACGGAGACGUUACAUGUGUUUAAAUAAAGCCAUUCUGGGUGUUAGAUUUGAUUAUUGUCUAGUACAAUCACGUGCUUGAUCACAAGUUACCACUUAAAUUUGUAUUCCUCAGACUCAAGAUAGUUUCUACGACACGUGAAUUCGGGCAAACUUUUCCGUA